CUCUCUCUAGCUCCUCCAAAUCACGGUUUUGCCCCUACGCCUGGCGAUGCUAUCGUACGCAUCUUUUGCAUGCAUACGUCCGCGUCACCUGCGACAUUCUUCUACUCUCGUUAACCCUACGCUCGGUGGUAUUCUCCAUGUUGCCACUCCCUCACUGCUGUUACGGAAAGCGUCGCGUAACAGAUGCUUUUCGAAACGGGAAAUGUCGCGUGCUGGCCGCUGGCAUAAAUAGCUCGGCCGUCACUUCUCCAAGCAACCGGAGGAGGAGGAGGAGAGUGGGGUGAGUGACGGCAUCGGAGGUUCUCCGAUGGCGGAUUCGUGAUUCUUAGCUUCGUUGGUGUUCUUUUGUUGACUAAGAGUCGCUGCUGUUUUCCACUUUUGGUUGGGAGGUUGAAGGGAAACGGAGUUUUGGUGCGUUGCCUGCUCUGCGUCCCUGUGUCGGAUUCGAAGUAUGUGGGCGAGAAAGAAGGUCGGCGAAGGAAGACCGAACGAUUCGGAGCUCUUUUGACUCCCUUGUUUCUUUCUUGUUCUAGAGAGCCACUGGAGCGGCGUAGACUAGAAUCGCGGCUUAUCUUCACUGCUUUUGGGAUUCCGCGAAUCGCUGCUCAUCUGUUGACGAGAAUCGUUUGGAUUGUCCAGAGAAAGAUCCAGAGAAGGGUUCUCUUUUACCGGGUUUUUCUUGUGUUCCCCUGUUCCGGUGUUGAAAAAGAUUGGAUUUUUCCUCUGCUUUGCGUUUGCUCGCCAUAUAAGGAUCUGCGAAUCGGAAGUGGCGGAGCUUAGGAUGGAUUUGCCGAUGUACUCCGACGGCGAGAUCGGCUCGGAAGCGCUGAAUUCCAGCCAGAGCUCAAUGAGCAGCAGCGGCGGCAGCUGCGAUGACCGCCACAGUAGCUUCUCCCGCCUCUCCUUCGACGGCGUGGCGGCAGCGGCGGCUCUCGAGCUCCCGUCUGGCGACCGCCCCCUCGCCGCCUCGCGGCUGCCCGCCAAGCCCCACCGCUGGUCGGAUCCCUCUUGGGCGGCCAUUCGGUCGCGGAACUCCGCCGGCCUACACGCCAAUCUUGGCCCCCGGGACUUCAAGAUCGUCCGCCGCAUUGGGAGCGGCGACAUCGGCACCGUCUACCUCUGUCGCCUCCGCGAGGAAGCCUCGGCGUGCGUUUACGCGAUGAAGGUGGUGGACAAGCUGGCGCUGGCGAAAAAGAACAAGCUCGAGAGAGCGGCGACCGAGAAGAGGAUCCUGCGGGUCCUCGACCACCCCUUCCUUCCCACGCUCUACGCCGACUUCGACGCGUCCCCGCAUUACUCUUGCGUGGUGAUGGAGUACUGCAGUGGCGGCGACCUCCACACGCUCCGCCACCGCCAGCCCCGCCUCCGCUUCUCCGUUGCGGCCACCAGGUUCUACGCGGCGGAAGUGCUGCUUGCGCUGGAGUACCUCCACAUGCUUGGCAUCGUCUACCGCGACCUCAAGCCCGAGAACAUACUCAUCCGCUCCGACGGCCACAUCAUGCUUUCCGACUUCGACCUCUCCCUCGAGUCCACCGCCUCCCCCACCCUCGAACAAUUCGACGCCGCUGACGAGGCAGCCUUCGGUGACGACUUCUCCUGCAUCCCCUUCCUGGCACGGAGGCCUGUCCGCACUAGCGCGCCGUGCCGGCGGUUCGUAGCGGAGCCGAUCAGCGCCCGGUCGGGCUCCUUCGUGGGGACCCAUGAGUACGUCGCUCCGGAGGUGGCCUCCGGCCGGCACCACGGCAGCGCCGUCGACUGGUGGGCCUUCGGCGUCCUCCUCUACGAGCUGCUCUACAGCCGAACACCCUUUGCGGGGUCAAAUAAUGAGUCAACGCUCCGGAACAUCGUGAAGCAGCCGCUGACCUUCCCUCCGUCCUCCUCCUCGUGCUCCUCUUCGGCGGCGAGGGACCUGAUCACCUGUCUGCUCCUGAAAGACCCAGCUGCCCGCCUUGGCUCGCGCGGCGGCUCCGCCGAGGUCAAAGCACACCCUUUCUUCAAAGGCCUCAACUUCGCCCUCAUGCGCUCCCACCGUCCCCCGGUCAUCCCUGGUUUAGUCCGGUCCGCCUCGGCCAAGGAGCGUCGCAAACCGGACCGGUUCGACUACUUCUAAUUGGACCACUGUCCUUUUUGUGGGUCCCUUCGAAAGACCACCAGGGCAGAGCUGACACGCGUGGUUUUGUUCAAGCACAGAUUGCACCCUCCCCCUUCCGUAGUCGCACAAGUUUUUUGAAGGGAAGAAGGGGAAUUAUGGAUUAACUCGUGUAGGCCUAGGAUGUGUUAUAGGUGUAUACAGUUGUGCAAUAUGCGUCUUGCAAUAUCACAUAUCUCUGCUUAUAUA